AUGGAAGACACUCCGGCAAUUAAUCCUAUUAUUGGAGGCUUUGCUCUAGACCCCUCGCUGGUCCUCGUCGAUGGCACAUACUUCCUCAUUGGCAAUGCUAUUAACCGACAUGAGCAGCUGAGCUUCUCUAAAUCCUCCACCUUAAUCUACGGUCUGGAAAAUGAGGACUACCUCUACGCAACAGGCGGUCUCUACGCACUAACUAUACGGUUCUACGAUGGCACUUUCUACAUCGUGUGCACGAACGUGGUGAAUGACGGGGAGGAGGGCAAGGAGAGUGAACUGCAGAACUUCAUCAUCUCCACCACAGACAUCCAUGCCAGCAAGUGGAGCGACCCCGUCUACUUCGACUUCUACGGCAUCGACCCCAGUCUAUUCUUCGACCCAAACACCGGGAAGGCGUAUCUCUGCGGUUCCAAGUCUCCAGGUCCGGAAACCAGGAUCACGCUUUUCGAGAUAGACGUCAAGACUGGAAAGAAAUUGAGCGAGGAGAAACAACUGUGGCAUGGCACCGGUGGCAUCUACCCUGAGGGCCCACACAUAUACUUCCGAGAAGGGUUCUACUACUUGAUGAUUGCGGAGGGAGGUACGCAUGAGGGGCAUAGCGUAACCAUGGCGCGAAGCAAAAAUCUCGAAGGCCCGUGGGAGGCAUCGCCCAAGAACCCCAUAUUGAGCGCUGCAGGAACGGAUGAGUAUAUACAAGCGACUGGUCAUUGCGAGGCUUUCGAAGAUAAGGAAGGGCAAUGGUGGGAUGUUUGCCUUGGGAUCAGAAUGGGCGCGCCCAAUCUAUACGGGCUCGGACGCGAAACAUUCCUUACAAGAGGGACGUGGAGUGAGGACGGGUGGCUCAGUUUCGAUCGAGCGAAGAUACACAUCGAAGGCUUGAGUGUUGUACCGGAUCCAUCGAGAAGACUUACUGCCGCGCCUGGCGUCGACCUUCUCUACAUCCACGACGCCGAGCUGUCGCGCUACAAGAUCAGCAAUCGGCAGAUCACGCUCACCGCUUCUCCAGACGGUCUGAAGUCUGCUAAUGCUUCACCGUCGUUCGUUGGUAAACGUCAACGUCGGCUGAAGGGAAGAAGCAGCGUCACCCUUCUACCUCCCGCAUCCAGCUCUACACCAACCAAUGCAGGACUGGCGGUAUACAAAGACGAGCAUCGCUUCCUCUCGUUAUCAUACAUGACCUCGAACAAUGACUCCUCCCCUACCGUUCGUCUCCACGUCUCGAACAAAGCGAAAAGCAUCGAUCGCGAAGAAAGCACCGAACUAGACACCGCACCCCAGACUCUGCAUCUUACAUUAGAGUACACAGAGACCGCAUACAAGCUAUCCUACCGCACCGACACUGGAGAGCCCAAGGAGUUUGCCCAAGUACCCACAAUGGACCUCAGCGACAAAGAUUUCGUAGGACCGAUUAUCGGUAUAUUCGCGGAGGGGAGUGGGGAGGUCGUAUUUCAAGAUUUCGUGAUAGACAGCGCAUCAUCGCAGCGGGCCGUUUGA